AUGCCCAAAAAGGUAUCGAAACGAAGUAGAGCAGCAAGAAGAGGAGAAAUACCCGAUGACACUACAACAAAAUCAAUACAACAACAAAAAGAACCUAUAUCAAAUAAUGAUGGCCUUAAGAAAUCAAUAAUUAGAACUCAAAUUAAAAAUGAGAACUUAUUAAAUAAAAAAUUAGAAUCACUGAAAAUUAAAAAAAACAAAAGGAAAUCAUCAACUACAAAAACCAAAGUGGAAAGAAAUUCGAAAUUACAAGGUAUAUUGGCGAAUAAAAUUGAUUCAAGUAUUGCAAGAGCUACAUAUAUUCAAAAUGCAAGAAAAUCAAAUUGGGAUAAAACUAAUUCGAAUAUAGAAUUGAAAAAUCAUAUGAUUGAUGAUUUUAAAAUUGAACCUACAAAAGAAUUGACGGAAGAAGAGAUAGAGAAAUUGGAAGAAGAUGAAAUUGUACGGAAGUUUUAUGAAGAUAGAGAAAUUAAUGUUGAUGAUGAUGAUAAACAAAAAGAUGAACGAGAAGAUGAACAAAAUGGAGAAGAUGAAGAAGAUAAACCUGAUUUAUCGAAUAAUAAGUUUGCAUUAUUGGAUGAAGUAGAAGCAUAG